CACUUGCAGUCGACACCUGCAGUCUUCGUACCUGCGCCAUUUGCAAUCGACGUAUAGUGGGACCUGUUGGAUUAAGACUUUCGAAGUCGUUCAAGAAUCAUGAAGUCGUUCAAGAAUCAUUGAUAUGCAUCAAUCAAUAUUAUUACUUUUGCCACAGUGCACUUCAUGUUGCACUAUGUAUCACUGCAGUUUAUGCCCUGCCCUGAAGCCAACCACCCUGAAAAAAAUCAAGCAACACUGGGAAGUCCAUUUAAAAAAGGCAAUUGUUUUCCAAGACAAAAGAUUAUGUCGUUCUGCCAUUUGCCCUGCAGAACUGAGGCUCAUUACCAUUGCCCCAAUUGCAGCAACACUGUUCUCAGGAGAUAUGUUAUGGAAGCUCACCUUCAGAUAUGCUCAUCCUUAGAUGUACCCCGCCCCUCUUUGGCUUCACAACCCUCUAAAACACCACCUGCACCGGUUUCUGUGUCCACAACGUCAUCACAAUCAACAUCACAGGCAGAUGAUGCAAGUAUAAAUGUACUGCAUCCUGUGAUGGUGGAUGUACUACUUGAAUCAUCACAAGAGAACCAAUUGAUGAGAGAUUUAAAGGAAGCCAGCAAGUGGUGUUCGGAACAGUCAAGUGUGCUGCUUGGUUCUGUUCAGCUGCCCAAAGUACUCUGUAUGGAGGAUGAAGAUGUUGAUGAGGCCAUGGACAAAUUACAGAAAGCUCAAUUUUCAGAGGACAGAAUUGAUGCUCUGGAACCUUUCUGCUUUAUUUUUACUGAGAAGGAGGACAUGAUCUUGUUCCUUGAACAUGUAGUUGACGUCAUGAAUCUGAAAGUAUUCUGUCAAACUGAAACAAAAGAAAAUACAUAAUGUGCUUCUUUUCAGAAACAAAAGAAAAUGCAUAAUGUGCCUCUUUGCAUUCCUUCUGUUUUUAUUUUAUGGAAGUGUUCUAAAGUUUUAUUCAUUUUUAUAUUGUACUAUUUUAUAAAACAAUUGUCAGUUUAUCCAAUAAUAAAAAUUGUUAAUACAGUAGUUGUAAAUAGACUGCCUCCUUGUGACAGGUUUAAAAAAUAAAUAAAAAAAAUUGCAUCAACCUAAUGU